CCUAUGUGAACCAGCUAUGGUUAAGUACGCUCUUGGCUCUAUUGAAAUUACUCGAACUGCCUUUAUCUGUGGAUGCGGACGAGGUGGACGAGUUGUAUACAUUUGAUCUAGAGGAAGGAGGGUACCAAACGUCGUUUGCCAAACUGGCCACGGCCAAUCCUGUACCUGAGGAUCCUACCAAGGACUUGCCUCCUAGCCACAUCUAUCUUGCCACUCAAUUGGCAAGUUUGCCACAAGCUAAGCGUGACCUAUUGAAGCCACUGAUUGGACAGUCUCAGGAAGCGAUGACUUAUUUACCAAGAUACUUUGAAGAAGCAAAAGUCCCAUUCUUGUGACGUGUAAAUUAAAUAAAACUUUCUUUCUCUUUAAUGAUUGCAAAAACAUUGGAAAUUAAUUGGCAUGACGGACAAGCCAUCUACUCGAUUGAUUUCUCUUUGGACAGUUUAAGAUAUGCUACGGCAGGAGCAGAUUGUUCAAUUCGAAUUUGGAACAUUCAAAAACGACCUGAAACUCAUAAUGCAGUUGAUGUCAAAAUAAAAGAUUCAAAGCAACUGGUCAAUUCGUUACCUGUACAUAUUGAUUUUCUAUCAGAACUUAAACGACAUUCUGCACCUGUGAACGUGGUUCGAUUUUCACCUCAAGGCGAUUAUCUUGCAUCUGCAGGCGAUGAUACGUGUAUUAUCAUUUGGAAAUUAUUACCUGAAAUGAAUGAUCAUUGCGAGUAUGAAAAGGAGACGUGGUCUGUAGUUCAUAUGUUUUAUGGACAUAACAAAGAAAUUUACGAUCUAGCUUGGUCUCCUUGUGGACGAUACUUUAUUACAGCUUCUAUUGAUAAUACGGCACGCGUGUGGAGUUUAUCAGAAAAGGCAUGUAUUCAUGUCAUCACCGACCACACACACUACGUCCAAGGCGUCUCAUGGGACCCGUCCGGCCAAUUCGUCGCAACCCAAAGCAGUGAUCGAUCGGUGAAUAUAUAUCCCUACACCAAAAAGAACAACAAGAUCAUCUUUAGUUCACCAAAAAAGUUCACCAAGCUGGAAAAGUCUCAGGAAUCGACCUUUCGGUUGUACCAUGAUGAGAACUUGGUUUCGUUUUUCAGGCGACUGUCGUUCAGUCCUGAUGGCGGACUAUUGAUCACACCUGCCGGAUUAAACAAGACGGAUACGUCAAGUGAAGAAGAAGAUUUACAAAACUGUGCCUAUGUCUAUGCUCGAAACAUGCUACAAAGUGGUAAGCAACCUAUCGGACUCAUCGGUAAUUAUCCCAAACCGUCCAUUGCGAUCCGAUGGUGCACGACAUUAUUCAAGAAAAGAAGCAAUUUUCCAUCGGCAUUUGCUCUACCAUACCGUAUGCUCUAUGCCUCUGCCACUCAAGACUCUGUCUAUAUUUAUGAUACCCAGCAAACACGACCGAUAUGUGCCAUUUCGGGGAUGCAUUUUGCACCGAUCACGGACCUCGCUUGGUCACACGACGGGUCGAUCCUCAUGUUUUCGUCCGCAGACGGAUACUGCUCCACUAUUGUCUUUUCAGAUCAAGAAUUGGGUAUUAAACAUGAGAAACAAGUCGAGCGUGUGUCCGAACAGGAUGUCGAGAUGAUGGAUAUUGCUCCCAAGAAACGUGUCGAACCUCCCGUCAAGAACCUGGACAUGACCAAGAAACGAAGAAUUGCACCCACUUUGAUUUCGACGUUGAUGGAUGGAAAGAAACAAGAAAACAAGAAAAGGAUUACACCCGUAUUGAUCAGUAGUCAUAAAGGAUAAUAUGUUUAUUAAACAAGUACGGCAUCUUCCAUUUUAACAAAUAAACCACGAUUAGGACUGG